CCUAACAGCCCUUCUUCUUCCUUCUGCUUCUCACGACGACAUCUCAUUUUCUGCCAAAAUUCAUUUUCUUCCAAACUUUUUUGCUCGCACAAGAAAAAUUCUCCAGGUAAUCGACACCACAGUAACUCCUCCAUGUCGCAACCGACACCUCAGGGUGCGACAUCUUUGACCACAAAAAGUCAAAUGUGGCAUACAUAUGGUAGGAUGGAGGGAGCAUAAAUUUACUUGUCUGCUUGUGAUAAAAGUUAAGGUCAAUUCUCGAAAAGCCAAAUUAGUGGGGAGUAGUCUUUGGUUGCAAGUUGGGAAGCAUAGAUGCGCUACAUUUGCUCUUGUAGUCAAUGCAGAGGUUGAUUUGAUGGGAGGAGUUGUUGAAGGUGGAGUUACCUCUCCAUGGAGUGCAUCACUUCAGAAAGUUCAAGAAAAACUUAGGCAGGAGUUUGAUGUGAGAGAGGAAAGCCGAAGACAGUUGGAAUUUCUUGAGAAAGGUGGAGACCCACUGCAGUUCAAAUAUGGAAAUGCUGCUUCAGUUAGCGUCCAAUCCACCUCACUGACACAACCAGACCAGUUUGUCAUCAGUGAAGCAAAAGGUAGUUUUGCGUUCACUGCAUCACCUCAUGGAGAUUCUGUUGAAAGUAUUGGUAGACCAGGGGCCACUCUACUUUGUGAACCAAACAGUGCUGAUAACCUUUUGCUAUUUGAUGGUGAAAAUGAGUGCAUUGAAGGGGAGCGGGUGCCUAAGCAAUAUAGUAGGACUGCUGUUGCUACUUUGGAACAGUCAACUCAGAUAAAUGGAAAUCGGAGUGCUCAGGAAUUAGGAGAUUCUGCAGCUUUUGAUGUUCCAAGGAAAGCAUACAAGCGGCGGUUCAGGCGCCGUCCAAAUCGUGAUGGUGCUAGGUCCAGUUCCAAUGAUGCCAGAGUUUCUGCAGGAUUUGGAUCUUUUCCUUCACACAAUGGUUUAAGUGAUACAAAAGGAGUUGUUUUUGAUGCAAAAAACAAGGCAGUCCAAAAUGGUACUGCGCUUCUAACAAGUGAAAAUGGUGGCGUGUCUUGUAAAACUUUACUUUCUCGUAAUCAAGAUGAUUUGGAGUCUGGUGGUAUGAAGGCUGCAGAGUCAACAACAAUUAUGUUGAAAGAUGGUGAGCAUACUGUGCCGGAUCUUAUUUAUUCCAAAGAUAAAGUAUAUAUCCAGCCAGGGCAACAUUCAGUAGUUUCCUCCCAAGAAAGUCCUAUAGAGGUGGCCCGUGUAGGUCCUGAAUCAUUGUCAGAAAAAGGGAAGAAAGGCCCUGCAGGCCAGCUCUAUGUGGAUUCUGUAAUGGUUGAAAACCUAUGUGGUUCUAGCCAAAAAAAUGGGUUAAUUAGUGCAAAGGGUGGCAGGAAAUACCUGUCAAGCAACAAUGAGACACCACUCACAAGUGUUUUAGAGUCUGAGUUGUCUCACACUCAAGCUCACAUCAACCAUAGUUUAGAUGGAAAUAAUGACAGAGAAAUGUGUACUAACUCAAGAUUUUUAGAUUCUAAUGGGAACAUGAAGAUUGAAUCCUCAUUGCCUGAAGGAAUAAUAAAUACAGAAAUGAAGGAUGAGGGAGAGAGCAAGGCUGACGAUAACUGCCCUUUUAUUGGUGAUAUAUGCAAGUCUAUGUGUGAAAAUGACCAAUAUAUUGACUCCGGACUAAAAUCAAUGGAAGAAUUGCCCAGUAGUCACUCUGAUCUCCAUAAUAAGGUACAAGACAGAAAUCUUAUUAAAAGGAAGGAAUCAGUCACCCCCUUUUCAGAAGAAAAUGAUUCAAAACAGAGUGUUCGUGUAGAUGACGAUUCGAACCACCAAAAUGACAGCACUUGUGAUGUUCCCCUUCAAGCUUCAAUUGAUUCCUCUAUUCCACAGCUUGUGGAAGUUGCUCCAGAUGUUGCAGUUUCAAGUGCUCCCUCUGAGGGGCGUCAAUGUGAUGUAAACAUAAAACUGGUUAGCAAAGCUGAUGAAGAUUCAAUAUUGGAAGAGGCACGCAUUAUAGAGGCUAAGCAUAAGAGGAUUACAGAAUUAUCUGCUGUCACUUGCCCAACAGAGAAUCACCGAAAAUCUCACUGGGACUAUGUGCUUGAAGAGAUGGCUUGGUUGGCAAAUGAUGUUGCACAGGAGCGUCUCUGGAAGAUAACUGCUGCCUCCCAAAUCUCUUACCAAGCUGCUUUUACCGCCAGGUCAGGAAUCCAAGAAUGGAACACUAGUUGGAAGCAAAAAGGUAUAGCUCAAACUCUGGCAAAGGCUGUCAUGGGCUUCUGGCAUUCAGUGAAGGGUUCUACAUUAAACCAGGUGGCCCAAUGCCCUAAAGAAGGCUUUGCUCCUGCUGUCAAGGAAUAUGCUGUGAGAUUCCUGAACUAUAAUUAUAGUGGUCCUGCAACUUCAAAACAAAAAGUUGAUUCCGAAGUUAAAGGCUUGCCUUGGGAAAACCAUUUGACAGAAGAGAAUAUCUUUUAUACUGUUCCUCCUAAUGCAACUGAAAUGUACAGAAAAUCUAUUGAGGCUCAUGUGCUACAGUAUGAGAGAGUUAGCAGCAACAUGCAUAAGGAGGUUGAGAUGUCUGCUUGUGCAGACUUGGGGUCUGAAGAUUAUGUCAAUGAAGAGGAUGAAGGGGAAACAAAUACAUAUAGUGUUGUCUUUGAAGGUAUCAACCCUUCUAGAUUUGCCCAGAGGAAGCAUAAAAUCCAGAUGCGGACAAAUAAAGGAAGAUCUUAUGAUAUUGGUGCCGACAUGUCAUUUUCCCACUGCUUUGAAAAUAAAGCAGUGAAUCAACAAUAUAUGGUUCAGGCUAAACGGCCUUCCAGCAGUCUUAAUGUGUCUUUUCCAACAAAACGUGUACGGACUGGUUCUAGGCAAAGAGUUCUGAGCCCAUUUAUAGGUAGCACAUCAGGUCUUCAUCUGCCUCUCAAGGCGGAGGCUUCAAGUGGUGACACCAGUUCGUUUCAAGAUGAUCAGAGCACAUUGCAUGGAGGACCACACAAUCUGAACACUUUAGAAGAUGAUUCUGCAGGGGGCUUUGAAAGACAGCUUCAGUUUGACUCUACUGAAGCAUUUAGUAAACCAAAAAAGAAGAAAAAGGCUAAGUUCCUGAAUUCUUCGUAUGAACAGAGAUGGCAGGACAAUUCUGGUUUUCAAAAUCAGCAGAGAGAGAGUUCCAGAAAAAGACUGGAUGGUUUUCAAGUUGAACCCAGUUGCAGCGGUCAAUUCGGUCUUCAUAUUUCAAAGAAACAGAAGAUUAUGCGACCAUCAAUGGAAAACUCUUUUGAUAAUAUAUCCCCUGUUUUGGGAUCCGUCGCAUCACCUGUGGCGUCCCAAAUGAGUAAUAUGUCCAACCCCAAUAGAAUAAUGAAAAUGCUUGCUGGGCGUGAUCGCAGUAGGAAGGGUAAAAAUCCGAAGAGCCCAGCUGGAUAUCUCACGUCAGGAAGCCAAUGGUCGCUAUUUGAGGACCAGGCACUUGUUGUUUUGGUGCAUGACAUGGGUCCGAAUUGGGAGCUUGUGAGUGAUGCUAUCAACAGCACUUUGCAAUUUAAGUGUAUAUAUCGCAAACCUAAGGAAUGCAGAGAGAGGCAUAAAAUUUUAAUGGACAAAACUAAUAGUGAUGCCGCUGACAGUGCUGAAGAAUCAGGACCGUCUCAGCCGUAUCCUUCAACUUUACCUGGUAUUCCGAAGGGGAGUGCAAGACAGUUGUUUCAGCGUUUGAAGGGUCCAAUGGAAGAGGAUACCCUCAAAUCUCAUUUUGAAAAAAUCAUCUUGAUAGGGCAAAAGUAUCUAUAUCAUAAGACUCAGGGCGAUAACCGUGAUCCAAAACAACUGCAACAACCUCACAGCUCUCACGCACAUGCUCUUUCCCAAGUUUUCCCAAAUAACAUGAAUGGAGUGCCAAUGUUAACGCCACUGGAUCUUUGUGAUUCAAGUCCACCACCUAGCUCAGACAUGGUUUCCCAUGGACACCAAAGUUCAAGUACAUUAGCUGUUUCCAGCCCCCCGGGUUUUCUUGGUGGGGCAGAAGCCGCUUCUUCUGCAUCAAAUUCUUUCCUGCAAGGGUCUUCAAAUAUUGUCUCUGGAAACAGCUUCCCCUCUUCUUCAACUUCACCAAAUGCAACAGUCAGGGACGGUAGAUACUCUGUUUCCGCAUCUGCUUCUGUAUCACCAUUCACUGAACAACGGAGAAAUCUACCGUAUAAUCGGGUGCUACCAGGAAGACCCAAUCCUUCUGCCUCUCCGGGUGCUUUUCCAGGUGCCAACCCUGGUGUCCGUAUGCUUUCAGCUGGAUCUAAUAGAGAUGGUAUGCCAGUUGUGAGGCCUGGCUUUCAGGGAAUUAUCCCCACAUCACCUAUGUUGAGUUCUGUGAACAUGAUUGCCUCUGUAAAUAUUCACUCAGGAGUCGGUUCCAAUAACACUAAAGGGAACUCGAUGUUGAGACCUCAUGAUGCUUUGAAUGUAAUGCAACCUACCCCGCAAAGUAACAACAACCAAGUAAAUCCUUCAUUUGGUGGAGGUCUUAAUACCACCUCAUACUCCAAUCAGAUUCCAUCCCCCCCUACUUCAUCCUACCCUGUAGUACAUCCUCAAGGGCCUAAUAAUAAUAAUGUUAUAACUAACCCGCAGAAACAAGCACUUUUGCAGCUUGCAAAAGACAGGCAGCUUCAACAGAGACUCUUACAACAUCAGUUUGGUGCAUCAAAUCCUAUGAUUUCACCAUCCCAAACGACAUCACCAGCGUCCUCUCUAUCUACUACGUCAGUUACUCCCAUGCCGCCUUCUUCCUCGAUGACUCCAGCGCCACAUCAUCAACUAAAACAAUUAAAGCAUUCGAUAGUGCCAACUCAUGGGCUAGCCCGGGGUGGUGCUCAAGGGGUGGCUGGCGUAUCAUCUAGUCAGGUUGUAAGUAAGCAACGGCCUCGGCAGACACAUGUGUUGCAGCAGCAACACAGUAGCAGGAGUCACCCUCAGCCACGACAACAGUUGCCUCCACAUCAGCAAGCUAAAACCGUGAAUGGUGCGGGGAGAGCGAGCUUGUUGAAUGGCUCAGCUUCAAACACGGUUCAACCUACAAAACUUUCGUCGUCCAUUACUAAUACUCAGGUUCCUCCCCAAUCUCAGCAGAAGAUAUAUUCUGUAAAAGUGUCUUCACAAACAGAAUCUGUUCAGCAAAAACCUUCUUGUUCUGAUGAUGUGAGCCAAGGCCAUGGUCAACCAAUUACGGUGGGACCUGCAGUGCCUUGUUUCAGUCAUCAACCACAAUCACAUCCACAGCCUCGGUUGCUGAUGAGUCAAAGUCAACCUAAUUCCCAGAGAGUCGAGAAGCAUACCGCUGCCUGCAGUUCUUCAGCGGGCCUGAUGAUGUCAGCAUCUAUGGAUUGCAGUGGUGCAGCUGACAUGGUGCCAGAUGAUGUUUCUGCUGGGGCCCAGGCCGAACCUAGUAAUAAUCCGGCAGAUGAUAAGAUUGAUUCUCAAGAUGGCCCACUGGGAAUAAGCCGGAGGAGAUCAUCAGGCAACUUGUCCCCUGAGGGAAAGAAUGUUAAUGUGCAAUUGCAGCAGCAGUCACAUACAGCCUUGCGCGAACCACUACAGCAUCAGCAUCAGCAGGUAUUACGAGGGAAUAGCAAUUUGUGUGAUCCGCACAAUAACUCCGGCCCAGACUGAGUUGUAUUCUGAACAGACAAGAGGGUCCUUUGUGUGGCUGGCUUUUCCUUUUUGGAUCAGCAUGCUCCGAAAUCAAUGUGUACAGAAGUCAUUGUCCAUCGGGUGCAUUCAGUGGUAAUUCCAGGGUUUGCCUGAUCAGGGGAUGGUGGCGGGCUAAAGUUUUUUUUGUAUAUUACUAUGUUUUAGAUCCUCAGGCAGGUAGGGCCCACAUAGAGUUGUGUGUACAGGGUCAUGUUUUUUUUUCAAUGAUCUCAAUUCUUGCCUUUUUUUUCCAUAAAGCCCUUCUAACCCCUAGUUCCCUGCCUUCAUAUGCGGGAACCCCCCAUUUGUUUGUCCCAAUAGCUCAACCCAUGUAUUAUUGCUCUUUUUGUAUUAUUAUGGGGUUUAGAUGUCAUUUUUAUAGCCGAAGGCUUUUAUGGGAAAUUUUGUGAAUAUAUAUUAGUGAUAUUAACAGUAGCAUCUGCUAACCGCGAUUAGUCAGACUGCUCUCCCUCAGGGCCUGUGCAUGUCUCGUGUAAAUUAUCUUUUCCAUUUCCACUAUAAUUGAUCAAUAUCUGCAAACUCGGACUUGUUUGGCUGUG